UGCUUUAAUGUAAACGUAAAUACCUACAUAAAAGGUUUUAUAAAGAAUAAAAAUAAAUUAAACUCUAACUUUUGAGAUAUUUAGGAUUUUCUUCCAUAAAAAACUUUCAUAAUAAAAUUAGUAUAGAAUCAGCAAAGGAGUAAAUUCUAGAGAAUGAAAGAAAAUCAAUAAAAUUGGAGGUGAAUUGGCAAAGACAAAGUAACAUAAAUAAAUGUUGUCAAUUCUUCAAAUACGGCUUUUUUUUUUUUUCAAGGAAAACUUCGCCAAUAAAAUUGUAACAAUUUUCCUAUUAAUUCCAUAAUAAUUUUAACAGUAAUUAAAGUAUUUUUUUAGUAGAAUUUAUUACUAAAUUCAAUAUUCACAUUUUAUAGAACAAUACAUUAAAUAUAGAAUUAACGUAAAGUUGCUAAGAUGAACAUAAAUAACAUUUUUUGUGGGUCAAUAUUUAGUAGAAUUAGUAAGAAAAUACGUUAUUUCGGUGACGAGAGUAACCUGCACGGAAUAGGGCAUAUGCUGUCCAUGUCUUAUAUACCGAUGUAUAAAAGGAUAUUUUGGCUACUAGUAAUGUCAGCGAGUGGAUUUACUGCAUCAAGAAUAUUACAACCAAUAUUUAGUAUAUACUCUGGAGACGCUGUGUCUUAUUUGGUUGACACGAAUUACAUACAUUUCGAUACUCCAUUCCCGGCUGUAACAGUGUGCCAGUAUGCUGAUACGGGGAACAUAAAAAAGUAUUUAAGCGAACAUCACCUCCCGAAAGCAAUGGUGGACUUCUUCAAGGAAGUGAGCAUUUGGAACGUGAGGUACUGUCGAACAUGCGCAUCUUGCAAAAUCAAUUCCACCUGCUUAGAAGACUUUGUCGACGUGGUUAACACAGUGAGAUCGAAAUGUCCUGAUAUUCUGUCUAAUUGCUGGUGGGACAGAAAGCUAUUUGACUGCUGUGAUCAGUUUCGUCCAAUCAUGACGGAGUACGGGGAAUGUUAUGUGUUCAACUCUCGUCUCACGGGAAACGACUCUGUGCUAACAGUGAACAGGCGUCGGCAGCCCUCUCUGCUUCUUUCGGUCAAACAGAAAAUUGGGAUAAGGGUCCACUCACCUGACGACAUGGUGUUUGCUGGUAUGGAAAAUGUGCUGGGUCAGCCCGUAGCUAUCCCUUUUGUAUCCGACUACGAAAUUAUAUUGAAGGCAGAAGAGACGUUAAGCGAUCAAUCCGUCAGCUCUAUGUCGCGGCCGCCGCGCACUUGUCUUUACGAACACGAGCGACCAUCUUUUGCCCAUCACUGGACUUUUAUGAAGUACACAUAUGAUAAUUGCAGGUUUUAUUGUAGGGCUCUAGCCCAAGUUGAAUUUUGUAAUUGUACGCAUCACUUCAUGCCGAGACUGGGUAAUUAUCCAAUGUGUGACAUUCAAGGGCUUACAUGUCUCGGUAAACAUAGAGAUUUAUUUAGCGCAACAAAUUGCGAUUGCCCGAUGAAAUGUGAAGAGGUACUCUAUAAGCUUGUCCAUAUAUUUGAAACUGAACAGAAGAACACAGAAGAAAUGGUGGCGCGUGGAAGUCAAGUUCGAGUGAAACUUGUACAACUGCCGUCUUUGCGAGUCCGACGAGUUGCUAUCAGAGAAACACUUGGAUUAGUUGUGGAUAUAGGAGGUGUAAUUGGGGUAUUUUUCGGUGCAUCUCUUCUCAGUAUUAUAGAAAUUAUAUAUAUAUUAUGCAUAAGACGAGCACCUUAAUUAUAAAUUUUUGCCUUGCAAAUAUACAUAAAAUUCGUUAUCUAGUACUGAGUUUUAAUUAAAAAUUAGUUUGAGAGACCACGUUAAAUGAGAUAUUGUUAAAUGAAAAUUGUGUACACAUUUUGUACUAAGUUGAUUGUUUUCUGUAACACUAUAUUUCAAUUAAAAUUAAAUUAAGACAGGAUUGAAUUAUCUGCUUAGUAUCUAAGUA